CAUGCUUCGAGGAGCUGCAGAGGACAGAUCAAUGUGAGCGCCCCUGGAUGCUGGUCUGCUGCAGGACACUUUUCCUGGAACUGUAUUUUUCAUGGCUCCAGUUGAGCAGCGUCUGUGUCUCCUGCUCUUGCUAACCUGCUGCUGCUCCUUGGCGGAGGCACAGUUUUUUGGCUGGCUCUGGGGGAGCCCAAAAAACCCCAAGGUAACGACCCUGCCCCCCACAGAGAGCCCCGCUGCUGAGGGACAGACGGCGGAACUGCUUACCUCUCCUGUGGCCACCACGACACAGACUGCUGAGCCAGCGACCGCACAGCCAGGGGACCGAGUAUGGAGCACACUCUCCGUCACGAGGCAGGCACCAGCCAUGGACACCGCUGUCCCCGCUCUGGUACCACCUGCCAUGCCCCAGGGCAAAGAGGAGAACAUUGCGGGGGUGGGGGCUGAGAUCCUGGACGUAGCAGAGGGCAUCAGGAGCCUGGUCCACCUGUGGGAUGAGAGGACCAACCAGAGGACCGGGAACACAGGGGAGCCCACAGCCGCUGCUCCUCUGACAACCCCUCACACCAACCUGGCUGCUGUAAGCUCUGCAACGGGGCUGGCUGGCCGUGGGAACAUGACUGCCAACUUGACAGGGGAUGGCCACAGCCUGCUCGGGACCGGGCAGCCAGAGGCUUCACUUCCCAUGCCAACAGGGCCUCCGCCUGCCUGGAACAGGACUCAGGCGCUCUUACAGAAGCCUGCAGCGGCUCUUCCAGAACAUUUCAGCACAGAAGUCAGUCUUUUGCAGCUGAUCGGAGAUCCCCCACCGGAGCAAAUAACCAAAGUCAAUGGCCCCGACAACACUCUCGCCUAUGUCUUCGGGCCGGAUGCCAACACUGGUCAAGUGGCCCGGUACCACCUGUCUAGCCCCUUUUAUAGAGACUUCUCGCUCCUUUUCCAUGUUCAGCCCACCACCGACAAGGCCGGCGUGCUCUUUGCCAUCACAGAUGCCUCGCAGACGGUCAUCUAUGUUGGAGUGAAGCUCUCCGCAGUGCACGACAGGAAGCAACAGAUCAUCUUCUACUACACGGAGCCGGGCUCCGAGAGCUCAUAUGCAGCUGCAACAUUCUCUGUGCCUUCUCUAGCGAAUGAGUGGACUCGCUUUGCCAUCAGCGUGGAAGAUGACGAGGUGGUUCUGUACCUGAACUGUGAGGAGUUUCGCCGGGUUCGGUUUGAGCGCUCUCCCGAUGAGAUGGAACUGGAGGAUGGGUCUGGGCUCUUUGUGGCUCAGGCUGGAGGGGCUGAUCCAGAUAAAUACCAGGGGAUGAUUGCAGAUCUGAAAGUGACAGGUGAUCGCCAGGCAGCUGAUCUCCAGUGUGAGGAGCAGGACGAGGAUACUGAUGUGGCAUCUGGAGAUUUUGGAAGUGGAGUUGAAGAAAGGCCCCACCUAUCAGGAAGGGAACGGGGGACCCCGGCUGUGUCGCGGCUCCCGGAACCUCCCCCAGUCACUUCUCCCCCCACCGCUGGGGAGACAGUAGAGAAAGUAAGCGUGGGCUCUCAGCUGCAAACUGAGCAAAUCAAAGUGGAAGGACCACAGCAAGUUUCUACAGGAGCCACGGUUGGUUCAAAAGGUGAAAAGGGGACCCCGGGAGAGAAAGGUGAACGUGGCCCAAAAGGGGACUCCGGAACCGGCGGGGUUCUAGCAGCCGGCGGCACCAAAGGCGACAAGGGAGAAAAAGGAGACCUGGGCGUUAAGGGAAGUGCAGGAUUUGGGUAUCCCGGCUCUAAGGGGCAGAAAGGGGAGCCAGGCGUCCAGGGAUCUCCCGGCCCCGCUGGCCCGCCUGGGCCCCCUGGCUCUACGGUGCAGCGCCUGGAUGGCUCUGUGGUGGAGCAGGUCACCGGGCCUCCAGGACCAACAGGUCCCCCAGGGCCGCCCGGGGAAGACGGCCUCCCUGGCAAGGAUGGCGAGCCUGGUGAUCCUGGUGAAGAUGGGAAACCUGGUGACGUUGGGCCCCAGGGAUUCCCUGGAACUCCCGGAGAGCCUGGCCUCAAGGGGCAGAAGGGUGAGCCCGGAGUCGGCGCAAGAGGCCCCCCUGGACUUCCCGGACCGCCUGGGACACCAGGUCUCUCUUCCAAACAGGACAAGCUGGUACGUUCCUGGGGGCCUGUGGAUGGCCCAGACCUGGCAUGUGGCAUUGGGUCCGAGGACCUGGCGCUGACCCUCCUGCUGAGGAGUGCAGAGAUCCUGGCUCCUGCCAUGGCACGGAGCAGCUGGCGGAGCUGGCACUUGCUGCGAAUUAAUGCAAUAAACCAGCAUGAAAAUGCCAGUUCUGAAAUGUUUCCUCCAACUGAGAUUAACUCUCUAACUUUGCAGGGUCCUCCGGGUCCUCCAGGAAAAAGUGGGUUGGCCGGCCAGCCUGGGCUUCGAGGAGAACGGGGGGACCCAGGAGACCUAGGCCUCCCCGGAGCUCCUGGACCCAAGGGCGGUAAGGGCGAGAUGGGGCUGGCCGGAGCCCCAGGGGAAACCGGGCUGGCAGGCCUUCCUGGACCAAUGGGACCGCGAGGACCACCAGGUCCCCCAGGCCCUGCUGGACCUCCUGGGCCAGGCUACGAGGCCGGAUUUGGAGACAUGGAAGGCUCGGGGAUGCCGGUCCUUUCUGCCGUUCCUGGAGAGCGUGGUCCCGAAGGGCCACAGGGGCCACCGGGACUCCCCGGACUCAAGGGGGACGCUGGCAGCCCUGGGCUGCCUGGCUUGCCAGGGCAAAAGGGGGACCAUGGUGCUCCGGGUGUGGAUGGGCGCCCAGGGCUGGAAGGUUUCCCAGGACCUCAGGGACCCAAGGGUGACAAGGGCAGUCAGGGGGCUAAAGGUGAACGAGGCCAAGAUGGAGUGGGCUCCCCAGGCCCCCCCGGGCUCCCUGGACCCCCGGGGCAGGUCAUCUAUGCGUUGGGUGAAGAGAAAGCAUUAGCUAGUUUGCCAGGCCCUGAGGGCAGAGAAGGCCAUGCUGGCUUCCCAGGCCCAGUGGGACCUAAAGGAGACCCGGGAGACCCAGGUUUCCCAGGCACUCCAGGACUAAAGGGUGAGAAAGGAGAGCCUGGAGCGACCAUCGGCCCAGAUGGGACGGGCAUCUCAGCUGGCACGAAAGGAGACAAGGGUGAGCAGGGGCUGGUGGGACCCAUGGGCCCAGCAGGCCCGCAUGGACGACCUGGACAGAAGGGGGAAAUCGGCUUUCCUGGCAGACCGGGUCGUCCCAGCAUGAAUGGGCUGAAGGGCGAGAAAGGGGACCCCGGAGGGCUUGGCUUGCAGGGUCCUCCGGGUCCCCCCGGGCCCCCAGGCACUCCUGGCAGUGCAGUGUCCGUCUACGACAAUAACGCAUUUAGUGAGUCGGGCCCUCCCGGCCCUCCAGGAUUGCCUGGCUACCAGGGUCCCCCAGGACAAAAGGGUGAACGAGGCGAGACAGGCACCCCCGGGCCCCCAGGCCAGUUCCCCUAUGAUCUCAAUGAAUUUGGUUCCACCUUCCGGGGUGAAAAAGGAGAUCGGGGGGACCCUGGACUGAAAGGAGAGAAGGGGGAGCCCGGCGAGGGAGGACUGUAUGGACCAAGCGUCUCUGGACCUCCAGGUCCUCAGGGCUAUCCUGGCCUUCCGGGUCCCAAGGGGGACAGCAUUAGAGGCCUGCCUGGCCCCCCAGGGCCUCAGGGACCCCCUGGCAUUGGGUACGAGGGGCGGCAAGGUCCCCCUGGGCCUCCCGGGCCCCCCUCCUUUCCAGGACCCCACAGACAAACUGUCAGCAUCCCUGGCCCACCUGGGCCGCCAGGGCCACCGGGACCUCCAGGGACCAGCGAGUCGUUGACCUCUUCCGGGCUGCGGAUCUUGCCAGCAUAUCAGUCCAUGCUGAGCACGGCUCAGGAGGUGCCCGAGGGCUGGCUGAUCUUCGUACAGGACAGAGAAGAGCUGUACGUCCGGGUGCGGAGCGGCUUCCGGAGAGUCCGUCUGGAGGAACACACUUCCAUCUCCAGCCCCGGGCUGGACAACGAAGUGUACGACAAGCCGCCAAGUGUCCACUACUCGCAUGGCGGCACUGCCUCCUCUGGCUUCCUGCACCCACGCCGAGAGCACAACCCCUCCUCCACAGCCCGGCCCUGGCGAGCGGACGACAGCAUCGCCAACCACCACCGCCUCCCCGACCACUCGCCCCACGGCGCCCAGCCCCAGCAAGAGCCAUUGGACAGCUUCUCCCCAAAUCGCCGGGGGGAGAGCGCCCCCUCUGCCAUUCACAGGCACCCUGACUUCCAACCCGCCCUCCACCUGGUGGCGCUGAACGCCCCGCUGAGCGGCAGCAUGCGUGGCAUCCGUGGAGCUGACUUCCAGUGCUUCCAGCAGGCCCGGGCAGUCGGGCUGAUGGGCACGUUCCGAGCCUUCCUGUCCUCCCGGCUGCAAGACCUGUACAGCAUUGUGCGCAGGGCCGACCGGAGCGGAGUGCCCAUCGUCAACCUCCAGGAUGAAGUGCUGUUUAACAAUUGGGAGGCGCUGUUCUCGGGCACAGAGGCUCAGUUCCGAGCUGGUGUUCGCAUCCUCUCGUUUGACGGAAGAGAUGUACUGAGAGACUCUGCGUGGCCUCAGAAGAAUGUCUGGCACGGCUCUGACACCAAGGGCCACCGGCUCACAGAGAGCUACUGCGAGACAUGGAGGACGGACGAUGGCGUGGUGACAGGCCAAGCCUCCUCGCUGGCCUCGGGCAAGCUCCUGGAGCAGAAGGUGAGCAGCUGCCAGAACACCUUCAUCGUCCUGUGUAUUGAGAACAGCUUCAUGACCUCUUCCAAAAAGUGACCUGCCCCCGCCCGCGCCUCGGAGCACAGAGAGGAGGGACCCCAACGGGGCAGCCGCUUCCCCCUUCACACAGCCAUUCCCAGAGAAGCAGAUGAAAAGCCAAAGAGUGUUGAGUUAGUUUGAAACGCCAGCCUGGUGCUGGCCGGCAUCUGGAGGGCUGAGCCGGCUGGCUGUACUGGCCAUCUCCUCAUCUCCGGUGUACACGCAGUGGGUCUCUCUCUUUUAAUCCCUCUCAUAUUUAACCAGGUUAGUUGUAUUCUUGGGUGAACUCUCCUUGGUUCCCUGUUUUUCCCCCUUGCUAGGACAGUCGUCACAGGGAGGGCCCCGUGGUCCCCACGCGGGGUGCCGGAGCACGAGAUGCUCUUCGCUGAGAUGGGGAGGCCAAGCGGGAGAGCUGGCUGCACGGCCAGUCCUUGUGCUGUGGGGUGGGUGACGGCCCCAGCUGGGCAGCACUCUGGUCUCGUUAGCAGUCGGAGCAGUGCAGGCUGUCACCAGCUCAGCUCUACUGCUCGGUCUGUGACAUCCCAGGGCUUGCUGUCUGUCGCUGGCCGUGCACCCUGCGGGGGCUCAGCUGGGUGAAAGGCCCUGAGUCUCUAGCUGUGUCCCUGUCUGCAGGUUGGCUUCCCCCUCAGCUUGGUCUGAUAGCCCCUGGCUUCGCCUCCCUUCCUCCAUCUGUUCCAGGGCAGCUGGAGUGGGACCAGGCCCCCAGCCCCAGGUGCCUCUCAGCUGGCAGUGGGGUUCCUGCUGGCGGAGCCCUGCUUCCCACAGUGGGUGGCGAGAAGUGGGUUCCUCCCAUGGCAUGGGUAAGCUGUUGGGGGUAGUACUUCAGGAGCUGCCGGGGGGGGCGGGCUGUUCUUUGAAAACAGAGUCAUUUCCUUGUUGGAAGAACCAAACGGGUUAGUUAUAAGAGGAAAGUCAAAUGGAGGCCAAAUCCCCGCCCCAACUGUUCUGUGCAGUGUCUUCCCCAUUGCAGGACACUGGCUAGCUGAGGGGGGGUGCCCUCCCCACACCUCCACUGGCUAGCCCAGCCGAUCCACACCAAACCCUGGCCAACAUGUGCCUUACUCUGGUUAGGGACAAGGGAGAGCAAUGCAUGCGCUGAUGAGGGGAAUGAAUGUACUCUCCUUUGCUUGGGGGUGGGGGGAAGGGGCAUUUCCUUGAGUACCAGAGGGCAGAUUAAAAAGUACCUGUUCUAGCAAUACUGGGUGUCAGGGCCAGGAGGUUUUGUGACCUCCAUGAGCAUUAUGGGGUGGAGAUGCUUCUUUGCUGCCAUAAAACCUGACUUCCAGAGGGAGCCCCAGCCCAUGACAGGCAAGUUUGAAUGUUAGGAGAACGUCUGGGUGUGGGAUUUAAGGUCCCAUACUGCAGCUGAGCAUCAUCAGCUCCAGGAGAAUGUCCCACCUCAAAGCCAGAAGCCUUCCACACACGUCUAUGCUCCUCGUGUACCAUCCUUGUGAAGCACUAAUGUCUAAAGGAUUUUUUUAAUCAGUUUUGAAAAUCUGAGGUGCUACAUUUUUAACUAGCUUCUUAUUGUACUGAAAUUACCAUAAAGGCUGUGCAAGUCACACAAUUCCUGUUUCUUAUUGUCUACUGUAUUUGUGUAAUUAAUGCAAUUUAAAGCCUGUGGAUUUUUGUUUUUUUGUCAGUUGUGUUCUUUAAACCGUUUUCUAAAGGCACUGAAUAAAGGAAAGUCUCCUCUUGUA